GAAUCGCGUGGCGAGGAGGCCCCGCUGCCCGACUGACCGUCCUCUCGGCGCCUCUUAUACCUUUACUCCGGUCUGCGCGUUCUUCAGGGAACGUACGUGCCCGUUUCACGUUCCACUCGAGAGAGCGCGAUACAUAUACCCCCUUUUAUAGAAUAUACGUAUACACAAACGGCCAGCGAAACGGACGUUGUCGACCCAAUUGUCAGUGGUGCACCGCGAUAUUUCGAAGAUAACUGACCCGAACUAAGGGCUCGUUCACCAGUAGCCGUCGCAGUUUCCGAGAUCGUUCACCGUUCGUUCGUACGAUCGUUUACUUCAACAUACGACGAUCGACGGUUCGGGCAAGACAGUGAUAUGGCACAACUGAUCAGCGUCAAGCUGUCCAGGUUCGAUGGAUCCCCUUGGGGCUUCCGUCUGCAAGGCGGCAAGGAUUUUGGCACACCGCUCGUCGUACAAAAGGUUAACAGCGGUUCUCCGGCGGAAGCUGCCGGUCUUAAAGCUGGCGAUGCGGUUAUCAAAGUCAACACCACCGACAUGUAUAAUUUGAGGCACAAGGACGCGCAGGAUGUCAUAGUCAAGGCCGGAAAUAAUUUCGAAAUAACCGUCCAAAGAGGCGGCGGUACCUGGAAACCGCAUGUGACACCCGUAACCACAAACUUGCCGUCACCGAUGCACACCGCGUCCGCGGGUAACAUCACGCCAGUCACAAAGACCUCUUUGGCAGUGAAAAAACAGGACGGACCCCUCAUCGGCAGCGGACACAACUUCAGCCCCAAGCCAUUCCUGAACGGCACCGGCGACGGUCACAUUAAAUCCAUCGUGAACAAACAGUACAACAGCCCCGUGGGGAUCUACAGCGAGGAAACGAUCGCGGAGACGCUGUCCGCUCAAGCGGAGGUCCUCGCCGGAGGUGUCCUUGGGGUGAAUUUCAAAAAGAACGAGAAGAACUACAAUGCUGAGAACAGCGAGGUUUUCAAAAUGGUCCAAGAAGCGGACAAGGAACCAAGGACUCCGGAACCUGUUCCUUCAAGGACAGAGUUUUACUCUUCGGUGAGCCAUGCGGUUGGCGGGAGAGCCACUUCGCCGAGAUCACCUACGCCUCUGUUUCAUGCUAUGGGCGGUAGUGGUAACGCACCUGCCGAUAGCAGGCCUGCCGAUAGCAGGCACUUUGUAUGGAUGGAAGAAUCGUACGGGAAGAAUCGAGAGCCCCAACCGCAAAAGCAGGAAUCUUCCGCCGGGUCGGACUCGUCGACGCCGGGCGGGGUCAUUUGUAGCAACUGCGACCGAGUGAUCGUAGGUGUCUUCGUCAGGAUCAAGGACAAGAAUCUCCACGUGGAGUGCUUCAAGUGCUCGACCUGCGGCACGUCCUUGAAGAAUGUCGGCUACUACAAUAUCAAUAAUAAAUUGUACUGCGAUAUUCACGCGAAACUGGUCGCCAGGCAAAAUGCUCCGGCUGGUCUUACACCCAUCACUAUACCACCAGGUGGCAAAGCACCAGCUAGUACCAUUAGCGCGGCAUUGGCGAGUGCACCUUUAUCGCCACCCCUCAGCAAUCACGGAUCGUCGCCUCAGCCAUUCUCCGCGUGCAAUCGUACGAGCCCCGAUUCCGGAUCUCAGCAUACGUGGCGCUCGACCUCGAACACGAACGGAUGUAUCAGGAACGGCGAGUGCAACGGCGAGUCGAAAACGUUCACGAGCACGAUCACCAUCCAAACAGGUGGCACAGAGCCCACCACCCGCCUUGGCACCCCGCCUGUCGAUCCACCCAGCUUACGAUCAGUCCAGGCACCAACGAGCAACAGUCUCAUUGGUCCUAAGCCCUUCGGUGGAUCGAGUGGCUUCUCAUCGAGUCUGUCUCCGACUCCGACAUUCAAUUCCGGAAGCAAUACCUUGCCACGUCCUCAAAGCCAGACCGUGACAGGUCGAUACUCUACCCUGCCAAAGCCAAAAAGUUCGCCUUUCAGAGGUACUGGAAUCGGUGGCCUCGGCAGUACGAGUUCCAAGAGCGGAUCGUUUGCCGGUAGCAGCGCGCCUAAACGUGGACGGGGUAUCCUGAAUCAAGCUGUUGGAGCGGGAUCGCGUAUACCCUUGUGCGCUCACUGCAACUCAUACGUCAGGGGGCCUUUCAUCACCGCUUUGGGCCAAAUCUGGUGCCCCGAUCAUUUCGUCUGCGUUAACGCCCAAUGCCGUCGUCCUCUUCAAGACAUUGGCUUCGUCGAGGAAAAAGGACAACUCUAUUGCGAGUACUGUUUCGAAAGAUUCAUUGCGCCUACGUGUAAUAAAUGCAACAACAAGAUCAAGGGAGAUUGCUUGAACGCGAUUGGAAAGCACUUCCACCCUGAAUGUUUCAAUUGCGCUUAUUGCGGCAAGCUCUUCGGCAAUAGUCCGUUCUUCUUAGAAGAAGGAUUACCAUACUGCGAAGCUGACUGGAAUGAGUUAUUCACCACGAAAUGCUUCGCAUGCGGAUUCCCAGUCGAGGCUGGCGAUCGCUGGGUGGAAGCCCUCAACAACAACUAUCACAGCCAGUGCUUUAACUGCACGAUGUGCAAAAAGAAUCUCGAGGGCCAAAGCUUCUACGCGAAAGGUGGUCGUCCGUUUUGCAAAAAUCACGCGCGUUAAAGCAUCCGUUUUCGACCAUCGCAUGCGAUCGAUCGAACGACAGGAGAGGAAAAAGGAAGGAGCAAAGAAACGGAAGAGAAGUUCAACGAAGAGAGAAGCGUACAGUGUUAAUGCAUCAAUUACUUUAUCGUGAUUACUUUCUUUUUUCUGUGUCUUCGACCGAGAUCACUUGACUAACCUUUUGUCAAAUCCGCGAGCGAUCCUUCGUGUAGUUACAAAAAUACAGAAUCAAUUAGGGUGAUUUUGACAAAGAAACUUUAUCGUUGACUUUGACAAUGAAUAAUAUCGGUAAGAGAAAAUAACAGCUAUUUAUAAAAUAAAUUUAUCAUAAAAUGAUAUAUAUAAAAAAUAAGUUAUAUACAAAUAAUAAAAAUAAAAUUUUAAGACAAAACGACAAUUAAUAAUAUUAAUAACAUAAUAUUACGUUUUUACAGCGUCACCAAUCACCCUGAUUAAUUCUACGCAAUACACAGUUUAACGAGGUAUUAGUAAUGUCGCCUGUGUCGUCCGGCUACGAGAGAGAUUUAUUAAUUAAUAUUUAUUAACUAGUUUAAUUGAGAAUAGUGCAGAAGAACAACUUUGAAGAGUUCAACGCAGGUCUCCGUUUCUAAUCUACGAAAUUUAAUAAUUUAUUAAUCUUUUAUUUAUAAGCAUUAAAACGUUUAGUCAAAAGAAACUGUAUAGAUACAUAUAGUUUCUUUCUAAUCAAAUAUUCCUAAAAAAGAGCGUUUUAUCAUGAUUUUAUACACGUCGCCUAGCUUGCGCUAAAAAUUCACUCUUGCUCUUUAGAUUUAAACAAUCCCGCGUCUAUCAAGAUGCAGUCUUGUAUUUGAUAUUUCGACAAUUCCGUUUACGAAUAUUCGUCAUAUCGGUCUUACUGAUAUGCGACAUCGACCGCGAACGAGCAGCGCGAUGAAUUACGUCGGCGGGAUGUAUCCUUGCACUUUGCGAUUAAUAACGCGAGGCCUAACCGCGAUCUAAGCGGGGCCAGCGCCGGAGUACCUCGUAAAAUCAUUCGCGGUAGGAAACACUGGGACGAUACAACACAUAACGAACGAGCCGCCGGCGGAGUCGUCUCGAUCACGGAUCACGCAAAGGUCAUCCGAACAAUUAGCAUUACGUGGGCAUAAUUUCGUAUUUCCAAGGUGCAACGGAAUGCAGCGAGUGAUAGCGGAUGUCUCGGAUGGCGAAUGGCGAAUUCCUUUGCUUGGUGAUCGACGGCGGCGGUGCAUCGUGACGAGAAGAAAAAAGAAAGAAAGAGAGAGAGCGCGAUCGUGAGAGAAUAGAUGAAUGUAAUUGUUGAAAGUCAGAUUGAACGUGUGAAUGAAUAAAUAUAUUAUUGAUCACGCAAAAAGAGAAAAUGGUCACAUAGUUUUUGAACGAUCGAAAUCGCGUGCGAUUGCAAACGCGUUAGAUUUUAGGCACGAACAAUUCUAAGAUAUAAGAUUAAUAAUAAUAAAACAAAUCCAAACAAUUUUACGUCGCUCGCGCUUCUAUGUCUCUUUCUUUUACGAGAUUUAGUUCUUUUUUUUUAAUUUUAUUCUCAUUAUCGCGAAAUUUGUUAUGCUUUCAAAACGAUCCAAAAAUCGUAAAUUUUAUUGUAAAUAUAUAUUAAGAUAAUUACAAGCGAUAAUUUUUUAUGAAAUCAAAUAUUAUAUUAAUUAAUAUUAUUAAUUAUAUUCUUAAUAAAGGAUUAAUCUAGUUCUAAAAUCAUAUUAACGAUACGUUAACGCGAAAUUUGACUCACAAACGUUUAAAAACUAUAUUCGGAAACAUGCUAGUCAAAUGCUCGAAAAUUUGUUUAAAGUCGUGAAUAUUUUUCAUAUAGCGACAAACUGUUGUUAAUUUAUAGACGAAAGAAAUAUACAUGGAAGAAGUAGCGAGUUAAUAUCUAUUAAUUUAUGAGAGAGUCAGUCCGACAUAUUUUGUGCAUAUAGGUCGUUAAGGAGUAUUUACCGAAGAUACUUAAUAGCUUUACUAAAUCGACGACGAGCAGAUAUAUAUUCGUAGUGCAUGCAAACUUCAUCAUAAGUCAUCCGCGAAUCCGCCGUAUCCUGGAAUCAGCAGAUUAAAGCCGAGACUGAUAACAGGUUCAACAUGCAUCCGAGCUUUCAUUUAAUCAGCCGAUCAAUUUGCAAGUUGAAGAAAAACGAAAGGCUAAAAUUGGCACGGUAGGAACGACCUGCUGACAAUUCUUAGCUAUAUAAAACUUCUAAUUACUGUAAUCUCUAUACCAAUCUUUUGUUAAAGAGAACUCUUCCCUUGUAUCAUUAAAACUCUGCGAAAUAAAUCAAUGUAUUUAAAUUUUUAGAAACAUAUGUAUUAUUUUAAAUAGUAAAAUAAUACUAAUCAGAGAGCUUUCUUAGUUUCUAAAUUUUUUAAUUUUCUUAAAACUCUUUUUGAAAUUAUUACAUUUAAGUUUAUGAUUUCGCCGGGUGCACGCGAUGGUAAUUAAAUUUCUAUAUUUAAUUCGCGACAGAUAUAAUCUAAAAUCGACGAAAGACAUUCGAGAUCUUUUCCAGGAUACGAGGAUGCGCGAGGAUGAAACAGCUCCAUUUUACAAAAUAAGAGACUCUAACAGAUAUUGCCAUAUUAUUACUUCUAAUAUGUUACCGAUUUCCUGUGCCAUCUGUGUGAGCUUCUGUUAUUACAUAAUUAUUUUUUUUUGUGAGUGAGAGCGAGCAAGAGAAAGAGGAGAAAAAGAGUAUACGUGCGAGAGACUUUGACAGGACUCGUUUAUUUGUGGAAGGUAAUAUAUAGUGUAAUCCUGUAAUUAUAUAGUAUGUAAGUGUUUUAAGCUGCGUUCGCGAUGAUUCCGAAAAAAAGAAAGGAAAGUACGGUGUGCAAGAAACUUGACUUUACCUGCACGAGUAAUUUUCGACGACGAACGAUCGAUCGACCACCGCCGCUCGAUCAUUGAGAAUCGUACAACGGCGCGGACCACGAAAUCUCAACUUUUGCUUGGCUGUCAGCUGAGCAUCGCACAAGCCUCUGUAUGCGUGUUACGUGUUGCUUAUAAAAUAAAAAGAAAUAUUCACUAGAGAA